CGGCAGCCAAUCAAAUGCGAGAAAAUUUUGUGAACUCUUGCGCGGACUUACGCCACUUCCUCUUUCAAGCCAACCUCACCAAGAUGGCACCGAAAAGGCAGACUUUUGUGAAAAAGAAUAAAAAGGGCGCUGCCUGGAAGUUCACCCUUGAUUGUACUCACCCUGUGGAGGAUGGGAUCCUUGACUCUGCCAACUUUGAAACCUUUCUGAAAGAGAAGGUGAAGGUUAAUGGCAAAACAGGCAACUUGGGAAAUGUAGUGCAAAUUGUGCGUCAGAAGAACAAAAUCAGCGUCACAUCAGAGAAGCAGUUCUCUAAAAGGUAUCUUAAGUACCUCACAAAGAAGUACCUGAAGAAGAACAACCUGCGAGACUGGCUGAGGGUGGUGGCGUCAGAUAAGGAAAGCUACGAGCUGCGCUACUUCCAGAUCAGUCAAGAUGAUGAGUCCGAUGCUGAUGAAUGAAAGCUCUGUCUUGAAAUAUGUUUGAGUGUAUCGAGGUCCUGUUUGAGCUGUCACAUCUUCAAAUGCAGGGCUGUACGUUUUUAUAUCUGCUUGUAAAUAAAAUGAUACACACAGAAAUUGAGUGUCAUGUUUU